CGACCGCUCGACGACACCCACACUUGGUUCCACCCGUCGGCAUGUCUCUCUUCCGAACCGCCCUUCCCCGCGCCAAGGCUGCGUUGAACUGCCGCAGCGUCCACAACUCCCGCGGCCUACUGUGGGAUGAGAUCCGCAACCACAAUCACCCUGGAGAUCACGCGAAUCCUAUCUUGUCGACACCGCAAACUGUCGCUGUGAUCGGCGCACCUAUGACUCAUGGACAACCGCUUCUCGGCACGGACUUUGGUCCGGAUUUGCUCCGCAACGGCGGCUUGCACAGCUUGAUCACGGAUUUGGGCUGGUGCUGCGAAGAAACUGGGAAUCUUAACUUCCGCGCGCCGUCGGCCGGGGACCCUCAAAUUGACCCCAAAUACGGUCGCGCCAAGCGCUCGUUCGCGGUCGGCAACGGUUUGAAGCAAAUCGCUGAUGCCGUCGAAAAGAAGGCUUCCGAGGGCAAAUUUUGCCUGGUGCUUGGUGGCGACCACACGAUCGGGACGGGCUCGUUGGCUGGUUUGCUCCGAGUGCACCCUGAUGCCGGCAUUAUCUGGGUCGAUGCGCAUGCUGACAUCAACACGCCGCAAACGACCGAGAGCGGUAACAUGCACGGGAUGCCAAUCUCGUUUCUCAUCCAAGGCCUUGUCGACCCGGCGCGCGUGCCUGGGUUUGAAUGGCUCGUGGAUGGCCCUAUCAUGAAGCCUGAGCAACUGGUAUACAUUGGGCUGCGCGACGUCGACAGCGGCGAACGACGCAUCAUUAAGGAGCUGGGUAUCAAAGCGUUUUGCAUGCAAGCCGUCGACAAGUACGGCAUUGGCAAGACGAUGGAAAUGGCCUUGGACCAUUUGUGCGGCAAGCAGUUGCGACCCCUCCACAUGAGCUACGAUAUCGAUGCCGUGGAUCCCGUCGAUGCCCCGUCCACAGGCACACGAGUGCGCGGAGGGCUCACGUGGCGUGAAGCGAACUACGUGGCGGAAGCAGCUGCGGAAUCCAACAUGCUUGUCGGUUUGGAUAUGGUGGAAGUGAACCCGUCGUUGGCGCCGGGCAAAGGCGCGGCGAUCACGGUCGACAUGGCGCUGCUGCUCAUCGGGUCGGCUCUGGGGAACCGCAUUCUUUAAGUCUGGAAUAGUAGACCUGUCACGCAUUGUAUAGAUUUUCGCUGUGUUGUAUCA